GAUACCCAGCUGCCCAGCUGUCAAAUGAGGACAGGUACCCAACUAAGAGCACCAUCUGCAUGGAUAUGUCAAUGGAAGAUUUUGAGGCAAUGAUUUGCUCAUUCUAUCCAGAUGCCCGUCUUGGACUGACUGGUUUCCACUAUGCCAAGGCUGACCAGGGAAAGAGGUUGCAGACCAUACAUGGGGAAACAGUUCUGGGUUUAAGAACAGUUCUUAAACAGGGAAAACUGUUCAUUAUCCCUAAAAGAGACUUGAGGAUGGAGACUCCAUUGCUUCUUGAGGAAGAAAUAAUAGAACGGGAUAAUACAGACACUGUGAGG